CCGCGUCCCCGAGACCCGCGCACCAGGUCUGUGAGCCUGUGUCGCGGGUGGGUGCGGAGGGCUGCCCCGGCGCCUGCCCAUCCUCCGAGCUCUCGGCUGGCUGGAGUCUUGCCCACCGACCGGGACCCGGUGCUCUAGAGUGUCCCGCUGUAGCUGCUUCAUCCUGCAGCCUCCAGCGCCCGGGUGGGCGCAAGGUUGCUUGUCCCAAGCGGCGACCUCCUAGGCCGGCGUGCGAGCUAAGGCAGUCUUGGGGGGCUGGAAGUCAGCAGCGAGAAGACGGCUCGGAAGCUGCCCGAGUAGGCACCGCAGGCUCCCCCUGCACCUUGCGCCCCGGCGCUCAGGCUCCAGGCUUCCCAGACCUCAGACUGUCUUCCCGGGUCCCCCCCCUCCCCGCCCCCCGCGCUUUGACGUCGGCCGCGGGCUGCCCGGGGCUUCUGGCAUUGGCUGGCAAAGUCGAUUGUCUGGGGUGGCUGCUGUUACACUUAGGCUGGGUCUCCGGGCCGGGAGGAAGCAGGCGUGUGUUGAAUUUCUCUUUGACCCUCACGGUGGAAUAAACAGGAAGCGAAGAGCACCCAGCCGAAGGGCCCUGCACUUGCCUUUGUUGUGGGCUCUGCGAUCAAGAGACUGAAGGAGGUUUCCCGGGACCCCUGCCCGGUGUACCGUCUGGGCACGGCUGGGGGCGCGCCCUCACUUCCGGCUCUACAUCUGCAGCACCAGACCCCAUUCUUCUAUUGGACUGCUUUUAAUAACGGACCUCAGGCUUCGUCUAGUUCAGAGCACUUUCCACGUCCUGGGCGGAGUGGGUGCUGCCAGCUGAGGAGGAAGCAAGAACAGAAGCAAAGCACAGAACAGCAGAUCAGAGCAGACUGAGAGACCUCGGUGAGGCUGACCCUGCUCCCUGUGUGGAAGAUGUCGCCCACUGCAAGGUUGAGGAACCCUUCGUUUUGAGGUGGGAGAACAGGUUUCGGCAGGACAGCUUCUCCCAUUCCUGAUCUCACCAUGGCUUCAACUCUCUGGCUGGAUGGUUGAUGUGACCGUGCAUCCCACAUGCCAUCGGGCCGCGUGACAUCCAGGUAGUGCCUGCUCACGGGGUGUGGGAGCACAUCCAGUGGGCGUCAGAUGCUCCCGAAAGCUGGACCAGCAGAGUGAUGGACUUGGACAGGCUAAGAUGGAAGUGACCUGAGGCCUCGCCCAGGCAGUUUCUUCACCACAGGACAGCUUAAGAAUUGAAACACAGGCUUGUCUGGGGAGCAGUAUGCCGGAAGCUGGUUUUCAGGCCACAAAUGCGUUCACAGAGUGCAAAUUCACCUGCACCAGCGGUAAAUGCUUGUAUCUUGGUUCUCUGGUCUGUAACCAACAGAACGACUGUGGGGACAACAGUGACGAAGAGAACUGCCUCCUGGUGACUGAGCAUCCACCGCCUGGCAUCUUCCACUCUGAGUUGGAAUUUGCACAGGUCCUCAUCAUUGUCGUGGUGGUGACGGUGAUGGUAGUGGUCGUUGUAUGCCUACUGAACCACUACAAAGUCUCCACACGUUCCUUCAUCAACCGCCCCAGCCAGAGCCAGAGACAGGAGGACGGGCUGCAGCCGGAAGGGUCCCUGUGGCCUUCUGACAGCUCCGUGCAGCGGCCAGGGGCUUCAGAGAUCAUGUGUGCCCCACGGGGCAGGGAUAGGUUUACUACCCCAUCUUUCAUCCAGCGGGAUCCGUUCAGUCGUUUCCAGCCCACCUACCCCUAUGUGCAGCACGAGAUUGACUUGCCUCCCACCAUCUCCCUGUCAGAUGGGGAGGAGCCGCCUCCUUACCAAGGACCCUGCACUCUCCAGCUCCGGGACCCCGAGCAGCAGAUGGAACUCAACCGCGAGUCCGUGAGGGCCCCGCCCAACCGAACCAUUUUUGACAGUGACUUGAUAGACAUUUCUAUGUACAACGGGGGACCAUGCCCACCAAGCAGCCACUCGGGCAUCAGCGCAGCUACCUGUAGCAGUAACGGAAGAAUGGAGGAGCCGCCCCCGACCUACAGCGAGGUGAUGGGCCACUACCCAGGCUCCUCGUUCUUCCAUCACCAGCAUAGCAACGCACACAGGGGCAGCAGAGCACAGUUCCAGCCGAACAACUCAGAGGGCACAAUAGUACCCGUCAAGGGCAAAGACAGGAAGCCUGGGGACCUGGUCUGAUUCCCUCCAGAGUGCACUUUUCAAGGAGAGAGAAACCUCAGCAGGGAGAGAGAGGCCCGCUCGCCCCAUUGGCCCCGCUGCCACGGUGUUGUCCAGCUUUCCAUGGUGGUUCAGCUGAGUAAAACCAAAUGUGCAAGCGCGGUCUUCGUUUCUGAUUCCUUUCACGGGAAUUGCAUGCAAACAAGACUGAAACACGAUGCAAACUUCCAUCUGGUUUGACUACAAACAGUGUUCAUCUUGGGCAGGGGUGGAGACAGGGCUAGAGAUGGUAUUGAGCUUGAGGGGAGGGGUGUGCAGAGAAACCGAAAAGGCUGCUUUGAAGACAUCAUGAAAGUAAGACCCACAGAGGUAUUUUUGACAUAUUUAAUUCCAAAAGGAGACUGCGGAUAAAUGAGGCCACAAUGGCUCGUUUUAUUAUUAACUGAAUAAAGAGGGAAGAGAAUUAUUAUAUAUUAUCCUGGGGAAGAAUCAGCCAGUUUGCUUUUUCUCCAAAGGUGUGAAACUUAUUUUGUUUUAAAAAUAUGAGUCAAAACUCCUGUUUUGUGUGCCAAGGUUUAAAGUUGGAGAAGUUAGACGACUGAGAGGAAGUGGUUUGUAUUGCGAUGGUAUGUUUUAAGAGUUGCACUAUCUCAAUGUUUAAAAUAUGGAUGAGGGAACCGUGCCGUGUGAAGUUCCGUAUGUUGUCGUGUCACCUGUGGCUGGCUACCAGGCCCAAGGAGCACUCCUGAGUGUCCACAGAGUCAUGCAAGAAAGGCAUUUGGGAAUGUACCCUGGGGUUUACCAAAUUAACGUACAUUUAAAAAGUGGUUAUGUCGCAAGAAUUUGCAGCCAGAAGCAGUGUACUACUGAGGUAUUUGGAGAGGUUAGCGAAAAGGACACUUGCAUUGUGUACCGAGUGUCACGCAGAAGCUAGUCUUAUUCCCAGCAGGGUCAGCAAUUUAGUCUUUUUUUCACUGUAGCAUGAAAUAUAUUCAGAUACAUAACCCUAUUUUAUGCAAUAAAUCAUCUAAAAUGCAAGCUGGCUAUUUUGUGUACUGCUGAACUAUGGGUCACAGCAAGUCCAUUGCCCCUCCCCUUUCCUAGGCAGCUCUGUUGAGUUCUGCGAGGGUACUCUGUUCAGCACCUGGCACCAGCAGGUGUCCCCAAGGCCACUUGGCUUUCUAAGUGCCGUGCUGGUAAUGUUUAAUAUGCCCCUGGACUUGACAAAGGAACAAAUUUGGCAUAAUAAGCCACUUAGAUAUCUCCAGUGCUGCAUGUUAGGGGAAUCCGGCACAGACCUACCAACACUCAUGCCAAAGACUCACUUCUGCAUAGCCAGUGUUUGUACCGUGGUAAGUUAGAGGUGGUGGGUCAGGGUGUGUGACUCAGGACAAGCAUGGCAGGCAAAGUUGCAUCUGGUAUUUGAAGUCAGUUUAUGAUUUCUAAUAUUUCUAAUGUAGAAUUAAAAAUACCCAACAACUUUCUUAUGCAGAUAGAAGAGCUGGUUUAGCACUAAGGCAGGCAUCUGCAGUGGCAGGCCUGCUUUCUGCAAGUCUGGCCUCUGCAUGCAACACAAUGAACAGGAAUGGAAAUUCGGUGGCAGCUUUAACACCAAAUCAGUCUGUCUCUGUGGUGUGUUACUGUUUUUAGAAGUGAUUUCGUGAAUUAACUCUGUAUUCUUACCUGAGAACUAAAUUGUUCAAAGCUGGAGUCCUGUCUGGCCCCAGGCCGCAUUUCUGCUUGUCUUAGUAGGCAGGCCGCUGGCUUGGUUUGAGAUUCGAAAUCUCCAUUGGAUCCCUCAAUUCUACACCGUAGCACCCACAGGAAUAAUCACAGCCAAAAGGAGAGAGAACAGAUAGGUAGGAGUCAUCAGCUUGUCUUAAACGCUGCUUGGAAGGAUGUCCUCGUGAGGGUUUUGAGACACAGUGGCAGAGGAGAGGUUUCCGUCCUCCCUGGGAUCUCACUGGUUGGACUUGGCAUUGAUGGCUACCAGGGGAAGGCGAGGUUAUGGUUUUGUCAUUCCAAAUCCUAACUAGUUUUUGGUGAAGCUGGCGAUCCAGCUUUUAGUUUCAGCUCCAAACUGCUUCUCAGUCCUUCCUUUUAUUCUUCCUUCCUUUUCUACCAGUUGUGAGAAUGAACUGAGAUCAGAGACUUGUAAAUAACUUUGGAACUCGGCAAGCACAAAGAUAUUUUGUAGAUGCCAAUAGUAUAGGCAAAACAACUAAUUCAAGUAUAUUAUGUUUCAAAGGAGAAGUUGCUUUCUUAUCAUCACACACAUACACACAAUAAGAUUUUGAGGCUGGGCCACUUUAAGGAAAUUAGUAUAAAAGCCAACACACAAAGGUCAUAAAAAUUAGUCCAUUUCUCUCAGCACAGAGAGGCUUAGGUUGUAGCCUUCUAGCUGACUGCCCAUGCCAUGCUAUCUCCUGGCUGUAAGAUGUUGACUAAGCAGCUACUGUAAAGACACAGCUCAUACAGUGGGGCUUGUUGUCUUUCAAGAAGCUGAGUGCUUAGAAAUCUUGUGUUCAGUUUGGAAAGCGGUGAAUUUAGGCAACUGACUGUAGGUUGUGCUGACAGAUUAUUCCCACGGGGCACUUGAGGAAAGGUUUACAUUAUUAGAAGGAGCAGUCCUGGGCAGGUCAUUCAUCUGUUGUCUCACAGUUUCCAGGACUGUGAAACAUAAGGCCUGCAAAUCCAUCUCCUGGAGAUCAGCUAUUUGCUUCUUCCAAAAUUCUAUAAACAUAGCAGCAAUAUUUAAUAGAAGAGAAUAUGAAGCCAACGGCUCACCCAAUUAUGUUUACUGGGUAAGACACACCCCAUGCCUUCGCCACCAUAGACACACACCUAGCCCACAAGAGGUCACAGGGUGGCAGUGACUCAAACUUACAGGCAUACUGUGAGAAUUACACUUUUCCUUAGUAAUUUUUAGCUCAAACUCGAGAGCCAAGGAUGAGGAUAAGCUGGGAUGACUGUCUCUUCCCACAAAAACGGGACUUGAGCAUAUAUAUGAAAAAUAGUAUUUUUUUUUUUAAAUUCUAAGUUGCUCCAAUUGAUCUUUAUCAGGACCAAAAGGAAGUACUCGGAAAGCUGCUUUGAUCUGAGGAUCCAUUCAUAGGCUGGCCUUCCCCACGCGGGUGUAGGCUUUACAUCCCUUACCCAACUGUUCUUCUUAGGCUCCUGGGGUCGAUCCCUAAAAUGCCCUCAGGCUAUAUUAUUGAGGAAACCCAUGUGGCCUCCACUGAGGUCUGCUGACACUCUGCUAGACAGAACAUGGGCAUUGCUGGACUCCAGGAGUUGGGCCACAGAGACACAGUGAUUGUGCUUCCAGUGUUUUGGUUAGAAUGGCAGCUGUACACCUCCUAAAACUCCCAGCAGUAGAGGCGAGGGGAACAAACCGGAAAGGAUAUUUGCUUUGUCACCUUUUGCUUUUCUGCCCUGUCGGUUGCCCAUCAAGACUUGGACCCUAAAAUUACAAGCAGCUUCAAGGCUUAAGACUGUACAGAAUGCAACAAACCCUGUUGUGUGGCUUCCAGGGCCUUGUGUUCAUGGGCCUUGGAGAUAGGAACAAAUCACUCCAGCAUUCUCAGAACCUCCCCUCUCCCCCCCAGUCUAUAGGUUUUAGGAAUAAAGAUGUCACUUAAUAGCUGGCUUUGUCAGCUGGAUGGCUAGCACAGGGCUGAUGUCACAACACAGGGACAUCUGAGCAAGGGACUUCUCCCCACACCCCAUCUUUGUCCCUAGGUAUGCUGGAGAUACUGUAACGUGACAAGGUUAGCACUAGUCAGGUGAUGCAGCAGCACAUCUGCUCUUGGUCCCUCGCACGGGAAGUCCAUCUCUAAGUAGCUGAGGUGCCUUGUUCUGAUGUCAGGAGAUACAGGGCCCAGCCCCAGCGUGUAGUGCUCUCCUCUGUUAUGCCUCACUUGAAAUGGUGCUUCUUCAACUGUUUGCUUUUAUUUGUAAGGUGCUGUAUAUACAUUGACCAUAUGCACAUACUCUACCCAAUGGGUAGAACAAGAAAUUAAUACUGUAAUAUAUUGUACAGAUACCAGUUUUAACAGAAAUGGCAUAGAAUUUGUGAAUGCCUAUGUACUCCAUCUUUUGUAAGGAAACUUGCAAAUGAUUACAUACAGAUAAAAAUCUAUGUAGUUUAUUUUCCUAUUAAAUACCGUAUUAACACCAUGGAAUGACGUCUGAAGGAGGAAGCAGCCGUUUAUGACCAGCAAAUACAUAGGAAUUAAGUCGCACCUAUGCUCUGAAAACACUUUGGCAAUUUCUAAGAUAUUUUUAUUUUAAUCCCUUUAGAAAUAGUUAGACCAGUUUGGUUCUAUUUUAGUCAUGGGGGGGAAGCUGCUUUUGAGCUUGAUCUAUGUGCAGGCUUUUUCCCUCGAUGUGUUGUUCAGUGUCAGGCCUCAGUGGGAUGUGCAAAUCUCUGAUGACACACGUGGUGUCAGGAAAGUGAGUAACCUGUAGUAGAGGCUAUUCAGCCUAAGGGCACUUGUGACCAUUUGUGUCCCAUGUUUCUUAGUGCCUUGUCUUGUAAAUGGAAGCUAUGGAGCCAAUGAACUGUCUGGAAUUUGUAGGGAGUGUCUCAGAAAAAAAGACCCAUUGGGGAAGAUGAUUAAGGCAGGAAAAAUGUUUUGAGUUGUCAUUAGGGAACUGUCUGUUGAGAAUAGACUGGUCCAUUCUCUAUUGUGUUCUGUGGUAGUCCUGACUACUAAGACAAUUAGGUUUAAUUAUCAGGUUUCAUGUUAAGGUGCAUGUCAAGUCAUAUCUCUCCCAGUGUAGUCUUUAUUAUCCAAUUGUCGCUUUGGCAUUUUUGUCUAUUUUUUCUUUUUUAAGCACAGAAGCUUUGGUGACCAUUAAACCACCAUGGAUACUAAGUGCUAUCCAUAAAGGCAAUCCAUGGAAUCCUGCCCGUUCAGUCCAAGCUAAUCUAGUUAAGUCGCUGGGUGAUCAUUUGAGUAAUUCCAGGUUUUUCUUUGUUCUGUGGUAUGUGCUGAUUUUCAAAGUCAGAAACAGAACUAUCCCCCAAUCAGGAAAAAAAGGAAGAAAAAAGCUCCGAGCUGGUAUUAAUGAUGCUUACUGUGUGACAAUUCUGACUCUGCUCUUUAACACUUCUGACAGAGCAGAGCAAAUGUGACAGUGGGUACCUCCUAUGUCUUUAUCCAAAUCCAAGGUAAUGUCUCUGUCUACUACAGGGCACACCCUGAGGGUCCCAGGGUCAAGACCUGAGGCUUGAUCACUGUCAGAAAAUGGGCACUCUAGUGAUUGUCAAUGUUCUCAGCUCAGUAGUAAGAUGUGUGACCAACCAGAUUCCUUUCUACAGACCCAGCCUCUCAAUGAUGCUGGUUCUGUCUGAUGUGCUUGCCUUUCAGAAAUCUCAAUUUCAAUUCAUAUCCUUGUUGAGUUUAAAGUUGUUUUAAAAUAUAUACAACAGUAUCCACAGCAUUUAGUUCAUUUAAUUUUUAUUAUAAAGCAAUCUACUAAAAAAAUACAAUUGUAUUUGAACCUUCCGAUCUCUGUGAGCUAUGAUGAUCAGAAGUCGGAGUCCUUUUGUGUUUAAACAACCAUAUGCUUACUCUUUAACAUAACUCCUGCUAAUAUGUGGGAAGUGAUUCACAACUGUCACCCACCUGCGUCUUUUGCUCAGGCGGCGAUGUGCUUCAGACCUCAGGUCUGUAAUUGCAAUACUUUUGAUGAAAGAUGUUGCACAAGUGCUGUUUGUUAGUUAUGAAAUCAGGUUUUCUGCUUGUUCUUAAUGCCAUGGUCAAAUCAUAGCACAAAAUCAUUAAAAAAUAAUCAGUGACAAAUUA